UCCACUUUCUCCACUUUCUCCACUCACCACACUCUCUGCUCAACACUCGCUUUCUUUGUCUCUCUUUUGUUUUUUUUGGCUAAAUUCUGCCCCACAAACCGAGAAAGUUGAAUGGCGAAAGACGUUGAAGGGGUAGUUGCGGCGGAGCAAGGCGAGUUCUCAGCCAAGGACUACCAUGAUCCUCCGCCGGCAGCUUUUUUCGACUUGGAUGAGCUGACCAAAUGGUCAUUCCACAGAGCCCUUAUUGCUGAGUUCGUUGCCACCCUCCUCUUCCUUUACGUCACCGUCUUAACGGUUAUUGGCUACAAACACCAGACUGACACCACAGCCGGCGGCGACGACUGCAACGGCGUCGGUAUCCUGGGCAUCGCUUGGGCUUUCGGUGGCAUGAUCUUCAUUCUUGUUUACUGCACUGCCGGUAUUUCUGGAGGACACAUCAACCCGGCCGUGACAUUUGGACUUUUCUUGGCGAGGAAGGUUUCACUGCUCAGAGCCUUCUUCUACAUGGUGGCGCAGUGCCUGGGUGCAAUCUGCGGUGUGGGGCUGGUGAAGGCUUUCCAAAAGUCCUUCUACAACAGGUACGGUGGCGGAGCAAACAUGGUGGCUCACGGCUACACCAUCGGGGUUGGAUUGGCAGCUGAGAUCAUCGGUACCUUCGUUUUGGUCUACACAGUCUUCGCAGCCACUGAUCCCAAGAGAAAUGCCAGAGACUCCCAUAUUCCUGUGUUGGCUCCUCUUCCCAUUGGAUUUGCUGUUUUCAUGGUUCACCUUGGCACCAUCCCAGUUACUGGAACUGGUAUCAACCCCGCUAGGAGCUUUGGAGCUGCUGUAAUUUAUGGAUCACGCCAGGCCUGGGAUGACCAUUGGAUUUUCUGGGUUGGACCAUUCGUUGGAGCUGCAAUUGCUGCAUUCUACCACCAGUACAUCCUUCGAGCGGGAGCAAUUAAGGCUCUGGGAUCAUUCAGGAGCAAUGCCUGAGGUCGUGGAAUUGUUGCUGUGGGGUAUGGGAGUGUGUACGUGUACGUCCUCCUCAAGAGUCCCUUUGCAAAUUGUGAGCGAAAAUUGGAGAGGGCCACUUAAAUUGUAAAUAUAUUUUAGCUGGAAAAAAGGGGUGUCUUUAGCUGGAACCCUUUUGAUUUGAUGUUCUCUUUUCCACUUUGUUUCAGGGAUCUUGUAUCCAUGUGUUUUCAUCUUUAUCUUUUCUUUUUCUUUAGCUCGUGUUUUACCUACUCCUUUCUCUUCUUGUUUAACUUCCCUUCUUGUGCUGUCUGCUCGUGAAUUUUUAAGGAAAUUAAAAAGAAAAUCAAACAUUAUUGUAGUUUCUUAUUCAA